GCGGAAGUCAGCAACGCGGAAGUAGCGGCGCGGAAGUGCCCGCGGUUGCCAUGGUAACCGAGGCCGGCGGGCGGCCAUGGGCGAGCUGGGCCCCGAGGGCGCUCACAGGCUGCGGCCUGGCCUGCGAUUUAAGUCGUCCACGGUGAAAGAAUGCAUCCACGCGAUACUGAAGGAGAAGCUGGCCGAUGCUCACUACGUCCCCGAAGAAGUGCCUCAACUUACAAAGUCUUUAUCAGAGAUAAUAAAAGACAGGCUGAAAGAGGAGGGAUUUGACAGGUACAAAAUGGUGGUGCAGGUUGUGAUUGGAGAGCAGAGGGGAGAAGGAGUGAAUAUGGCUGCACGUUGUUUCUGGGAUGCUGACACUGACAGCUAUGCUCAUGAUGUUUUCGUUAAUAGCAUUUCCCAGGUUAAAUUCUCUGUGAAGGGCUUCAGACUCUCUGCUGUCAAAGGCAUCAGGCUACGGGGCUUUCAGGAAGGAGGAUGUCCUUUUCGUGAGCUACAGGACAGCCUCUUUUGUGUGGUAGCUGCAUUUGGCUGCUUCUACUAUUGAAGAUGGUUCAGAUCCCACAAAAGGACAAAGGAUACACAGUUGGAUGUUUGGAGACCAAAAUUGUUAGGACUCGAGCCUUGAAAGGAACGAUAGAAAAGGCUGCUGUAAAUCAGAAAAGGAGCUCCAAAAUCUCUUAUCUCCCCAGAAGUUAGAGGAUGAGGUUGGUUCCUGAGAGAUGGGUGCUACUGGAAUGCAUCUGAAAUGCCCGUUGUAAGACAGGAGGAGUUGCUCUCUUGUGAUGCCUGUUCUCUGUCUGUGCUGACUGAGGAAGAAGCAUAGCUGAACAAUUUCAACUGCAUGAAUGGUUCUUGCAGUGCUAAAGCUUAGCACGGUGAAUCCUGAAUCCCACCCUCACCAACUGUUAGAGCAGAACACACUCUGCCCGUGCAUCUUUUAGCAGAGGAGUCAAAAAUUAUGGUUCAUCUUCUAGAAUCACUCUUCUGUCUACAAUCCUGGAACAAGUACAUUGCUAUUUCUGUAAUAGGUUUGUUUGAAAGCAGCUUCAUCUAAUUUACCUCUGAUGGGAAAUAGAUGGUGGCUUCCCUGAUGUCUUUGUAUCUGUGACAUGUUAAAUGAGCUGCUGAGGAUGUAAUGGCACCACUAAGUGUGUGUGAACCUGAGAGUCCACAGGCUUUGGAAAACAGUGAAACAACCCAUUAAAAAAAUCACUGAGAGAUUAUAUAUAC